CCUCUCCCAACAAAACGGGAAGUAAUUCGCAUCCUCUGCACCAAGUUGUUCGUGCAGUCCGGCCUAUAUCAACACUCCAGAGACGUUUCUCUUUUCAAUUCGAACCGGAUUAUACCUUGGCAAGAAGUAAUUGGAUGCCGGCGUGCUUGACGUCCCAGCUGAACUCGGUCAUGCCCCAAGUGAUCCCUCCAAAAGAUUUGGCAUUCUCAAUGACAUAAUUCAAGUAGUAGUCGUUGUCGGUAGCCUUGUAAAGCCACAAAGCUCCCCACAACAGCUCGUCUUUAUAGCCACUCAAGGACGGGUAGUACCCCUUGGCGGCUUCAACGCUCUCGUCAUAUCUCCCUCUAAACUUGUCGCCGAACUCGAAUAGCUGUUCAAAAAUCAACACCCCUCGCGAUUUUGUUUAGAAGAGAGAAAUGUAUUUUGGAAGAUGGGAAAAUUAUGGCACCGAAGGAGAUCAAUAGUCUUAUUUUAGUAUUUUUCUCUUCUAAUGUUCUAUUUUUGGCAGGGUAGAAUUCUUAAUGCAAUAUAUAUACAUACCUGCUGGGCAUGGGCUAGGAGAAGAGAAGCGUAAUGGGCGUCUGUUGUGCAGAAGACGAUGGAGGCGGCGGCCAUUGCGGCAGCGGUCUCGGCAGCCACGUCGGAGCCGGGUCUGUCCUCGUCGAUUUUGUAGGCUCUGCGAGAGGUGGCCAUGUCUUCAGGCCUUUGCCAACAAUAGUGAUCUGUGCCCCCGUCACCUACCUAUACAUACACACAUUUCAAGUAAAGUUUUUAUAAAAGAGUUAAUAUUUUCCAUUGAAGCUUGACAGUCUUUUAGGGUGUGUUUUACAAACACCAAUUAGCAAAUGCUAGCUAGAUGAUACUGGGUAGAUAACAAUGUUUUUUCAUGUUUGCCUAACACAGAGUAGUUUGUACUAUACUUUGUUUAAGUGUACUAGGAUAGUUUGACUUGCACAACAAAACUAGAUUAACUUU